AUGGCACCGACCCUGCUCAAGAAAGCCAGUCAACAAUUCAUACGUCUUUCCUCCUGCGAUUCGAAGAAUGUAUUUGAAACAUCUCCAGGAUCUGAACUGAAUAUUGCAGAAGGCUCAGAAGCACAAGCUGCGCGGAAGUUUCGCAAUGGUGGUUCCAAGAGAUGGGGAUCUUUUCGUGGUGCCUUCAAGAACAUGAGAAAAAGCGCACGCAGUGCCGAAGCAUCCAAAGAUACCCAUGGUUCCCCUGAAGACCAAGCCAAACCCCAUUUACUUUUCAGGUCUGCCCGAAGGCCUGAACGUGGAACAAGAAGUCCGGAUGCAAAGGAAGUGAUGUUAAUACGAAAGUUUGGGUUGCAGCCCACAGCCAUGGCAUCCAACUCUACUUUGGUGAUCCGAAACUCCCCAAAACGAGCACGAAGUUCCCUACAGCUGGUCAAUCCUACCCCCUCCAGUGGACUAAUCACUCCGCCCUCUUCUGAGGCAAGCGAUACACUCACAACAGCCGAGGAAAAGUCCACAGCGAAAACGUCGAUGGAAUCAUCUGCGCUGCCAAACUGGGAAAUCAUGGAUAGGCGAUACAACAGGCGAAAUCCAUGGACCCGCUCAAGCCCCGAAGGCCGCGCCCUCAGUACUAUUCCCGAAGCCAGUGUUGUUCAGGCUCGACCUACGAUUGCAACCGUAGAGAGAGCAUCUGCCGCCAAGAUUUUCCUCGAGACUUAUUUCAAUGAACUUCUCUAUAAACCAAAUGCAAGAGCUCUGCGGGGCCAGUGCCUCGAAUCUCAGUUGUGCAACUAUUUGCUAAUGACACCAGCGGAGAAGGAGAAGAUUCGGGUGCAAUAUAGAAGGCAGGAAACAUGCCAUCUCAGAGAGUCAAGGGCAAUGAGGGCAGGCUCUUUAGCUUACCAUGGAAAGCAGGACUCCUCCCCCUUGGUCAACAACUAUGAGCCGCUGCAAAUCCUAGGUAAAGGCAGUUUCGGAGUAGUUAGACUGGUGCGUGAAAAGCCUGCUCCAGGACAUGCUUUACCCGGCCAAGUCUAUGCUAUGAAAGUCAUUCGAAAGACAGAAAUGCUACGGAACAGCCAAGAAGGCCAUUUGAGGGCUGAGAGGGAUUUUCUUGUGGCUUCUGAAGGAUCACAGUGGGCUGUUCCACUGAUUGCCAGCUUUCAAGACACAACGAACCUCUACCUGGUGAUGGAGUACAUGCCUGGUGGCGAUUUCCUUGGAUUGCUCAUUCGGCAAAACAUUUUGCAGGAACCCAUUGCACAGUUUUAUAUCGCAGAGAUGAUCCUUGCUAUCGAGGAGGCCCAUCGCUUGAAUUUCAUUCACCGCGACAUAAAACCAGACAACUUCCUCAUAUCCGCGACUGGCCACUUGAAAAUAUCUGACUUUGGGCUAGCAUUUGAUGAUCAUUGGUCCCACGACGCAGCAUACUAUAAUACUCAUCGAUAUUCCUUGGUCCAAAGACUAAAUAUGAACAUCAAUGGUGACGAGACGGAUCAAAAAGGUAGUAAGGACCUCCUGAAGCAUCUUGAGUGGUACCAGUCCCUUGUUUCAGGACUUGACAGGCAUGGGAAACACCCGCUGGCGAGUAACGAGGACUUGCGAAGUCUUAUCGGUUGGAGAAAUCGACACGGCAACCGCACUGCUGCGCGUUCCGUUGUUGGCACCAGUCAAUAUAUGGCUCCUGAAGUCGUUCUUACAGAAGAAGGACGGAAGCAGACGAAACAAAACAUUGUUGACUUCAAGAAGAACUUCUCGUUUCCACCUAGACCUUUCGUGAGCGACAAGUGCAAGGACCUCAUCUGCCGCCUGAUUCAAGAGAAGGAUAUUCGGCUGUGUUCAAGGAGGUACCAGGUCAAACAUCGGGAUUCAUUCAAAAGCUACGUGUUCCCCGAUGACGCGGAAGAUAUCAAAGCGCACAGGUGGUUCAGAAACACGCCCUGGGAACGCCUACAAUCAAUGCCUCCUCCGUUCACUCCGAAUCUGAAGAGUGAUGAAGAUGCACACUACUUUGAUGAAUCCGAACCAUUUGAAGACUGGUCUGAGUCGAUACCCUCGGGUAUCUUUCUCAAUUCGGAAGAUGUCAAAGAGUUACUUUUUGGGUUUGAUACCCAUGUACAUGCAAAGGCUAUAGAGCUUAUCAAAAUCCCGUUCGACGCGGCCAAGCUUCGGAGUAUAGACCGUGAUAUUGAUGCAUCAAUGGAAUUUCAGCCGAGUGAAAAGGCUACACUGAAGCAGUUUAUCAGAUUCUACGGCCAUAAAGAGCGCAAACGACCAAGAGACAUGUUGCUUCGGGACAAGGAUACCAGAAAGACUUCAUUGAGAAUUCGAAAAGAGACGGCUUUCAUGGGCUAUACCUGGCGUCGGAUGAGACCUGGUGGAUACAUCGAGCCAAAAGUAACAGAGAUGCCCGAUAUGGACGAAAGGCAGGUUUUGACACCGAACAUUGAACAUUGA